GCCAUUAAAAAGUCUGUCAUAAAUAGGUCAUCAGUUUGGGUAACGAAAACGUAUCUGAGGCAGUGUUGUACUGCUGAGAAUAUUAAUAAACCCAGUGGGACGCUAAUAAUAAAAUUCUAAUUUCCCAAAAUGUGCGAAACGUAAUAGGUAGCGUAUUCUGUCGCACAUUUUCUGUAUGGGCACUAAAAACUUAACAGUUCCUACGUGUGAGCUGGGCAUAUUUGGUGGUGAGUAGCUGGAUGCUUUUGACAAGUUUUGUCAUUGAUGAGCUGAAAUCGAGUCACAAUUUACUGUCGGGUUUGAUAGUUGCCAUUGAGGAUAAACUUAGGAAACGAGCGUUAUCUUUAACUCCGAAACACAAGCUUCUCAUGCCAGACUUAAUGGAGACGUUGGAGACGGAAUCUGUCAAAGGAAGUGCCAAUAAAAACCGGGAAAGCGAAAGUAUCGACCAACAGCCUGCUGUGGAAAUGGCUGUUCCCCCUGCUCCAGGAAAUAAUCCGAUAUAUCCGAGUUUUCCAGAUACAUUUCUCAAGCGAUUAGGUCUUCAUGGAAGCUCUUCUUUUAGCAAUGACCAGCUAAGUGAACAGGAAAUCGAGAGCAAGUUUAGUACCCUUUCUUUGGGCUUCAAGACGGAUAAGCUAACUUUAAGCAAAAGAAUAGAACUUCAACAACGCCAAAGAGACACUGCCGAGACGAACGUGGAAAAUGAAACAAAAGCUCUGAAAGAAUACCUUAAUGUAUUAAACCAGCUUAGCACCACGCAUGAGAUGAGAGAGUUGAUUAGCAAGAUUCAACAACAGGUAGAUGUGGUGCACCGGUCCACCUGUCGCGUGUCUAGUCGCGCCGAAAUAUAUGGCGCUGUCCAACAGGAAGAAAGAAUGAAUCGAGCCUUUGAAGUUAUGGUCAUGUACGUCGAGAACCUUAAACGAGUGUACGAGAAGGAGCACCAGGAGUUAGAGGAGACUCGACGUUUGUUAAUAGAGAAUCGUCUGCUGCCUAGCAACAGUAGUGAAGCCGGAAAUGAUGAGUCCAAAAUGUUACGUUCACUCAGGUCAAUGUCUAUUGGUGGAGGUGGAAAAACUAUGCAUGGUGUAUCACAUCAUUACCUUAUGCAUGCUACAAAAGAGGCUAGCCUCAGAAGAGCCAGUUUUUCUACUUUGCAUCAUCAUUAUUUACCUAUUGACAGAUCACAUGGUUCUAUAAUUACAAAUGGUGUGGAAAGCCGAGGUCGCUUACUGAGUACUGUGGUCUCUGCGGUUAGUAGUUUAGGGACAACAACAGGUAAUGCUAACUUAUCAAAUAGACUUUCAACUCAUCCUUCAUCCACACCACCUAAACAGUUCAUGAGUAGACGUAGUUCUUUACCGGCGGCUACUGGGCCUGUGUUUGGUCUUGGUCGUUCAUCGAUUGCUAUUUCCACACUCAACGGCAAGAGCCUACACGCGGAGGACAUUCCUGAGCAAGAGUUGGACUACUGUGCUAACGGGGACGAAGGAAAGAAAUAUCUCUUGAAAAACGAUUCCUCGAGCAAACUGGAUCAGACCAUUCAAGCAAGUAAAGAUGAAAAUCUGUUUAUGAUGAGAACACGCCGUACUGAUUCAGCUGGGCAGAUUUCAGCAGAGAAAAACUCCGAGUUUGAGAGUUUAGCAAGACAAAUUUCCGUUAAAAGCUGCGAGGAAGUGCCAUUAGAAUUCGACUCCCAGAGUUCAUUGGACGAUGAUGGAUUGACGGAACAAGGAAGCGAUGAUGGUGGAAACUUGGGUAUUCAUGAACACUGGGCUGUUCGAAACAGAACAUUGGAUAAAUCUUCUAUAAUUCGUAAGAUUUUUUGGGAGAUGAGAGAGUGGGACAACACAACUUUACAAUCAAGACUUCGGCUGAUCCUCAGUGUUAUCCUAGUGUUGGCGGGAGUCUUCAGUAUUGUAGCAACGCUUGUACCCGUCCAAGCUACUACAGCUUGCCCUCAAACAUCCAACACUUCCUUCCAGAAUAUUCUCCGGGUUUUCUUUGGCCCUUACCUGUCCCUGACCCAUAAUCCUUUGUAAAGAUCUAAAACGUGCAUCUGAUUUUGUUAUUUUUCACUAAUCUUUCUCUCAAAUUGUAUUUGGCUUUUUCUUCUUUCUUUCUUUCUUUCUCAUAAUUCUUUAGAAACUUUAAAAAGACACAUUUUGUUUGGUUUCUACGUCUUCAAAACAAUUUUUUAACGUUUUUUGUAGGGAAUGAAUAUCUUAAAAGAAUGAGUAAUGCGUUAGUUUUCUCUGUCUGCUAUAAUGCAUCCUAGUUACGUCGAAACUGUAGGAAGAUCUUACUAUAACAAAACCACACAGGCUUAUAUGUAGGCGUAUUAGGAAAGGUGGUUCAGAAGUUGUAUUCUGCUCUACUGUAUGAAUAAGACAUUGUUAUAGUUGCAUAAAAAUCUUCAUGUAAAUAUCCUAAACACCUGUAAAAUAGAAUAACUUUGUAUUUAAAAAGUACGUUAUCAUAACUGUUUUAAUUUCACAAAAGUAUCUAAGCCUUUGUGAGUGAGAACUUUGUUGUGAUAUGAUGAUUAUUUCAAGCGUGUUAUUGUAAAAUAACCUUCAGUCCGAUUUUGAGCUAUUGCAUUCAUUUUCAUAGUAAAUAUUUCACUGUGUUGUAAGACGUUUUAUAACUCUAGAUUAUCAGCUUUAUGGCAAGUGUUUCCCAUGUACAAUGUUAGCAUCGUGAGUAAAUUUGUUAAAAAUAAAGAAUAAAACUAGGCAUUCUUUUUAUAUACAUACAUGUAUGCAGGAAUAUUUUUUACAAACUUUACUUUUUUUUGGUUCAGUCAGUUAUUUCUUAACAUUGAAUUCAGAAAAUAUAAUUCGCAAAUGUAAUAUGUGUAUUAACAGUAUAUUUUAAGUAGGUUAAUAAAUUAGCAAGUAUAUUUAGUUUAUUCUGAUUUUGAAACAGUGUUUGAGUUUUAAGGUUAAAUAUUGCUGUAGCUUGAGACCAUUUUAUUCUAUACUUUGUUUUGCUAGUGCUAUAAUUUUUAUAGCAAUUUUUAGUGAAAACGAUAAAUGGGCAUUACCCAAAGUUAUUGACUGUCACUUAUUGCUGUUUUAAUAAUGGCACAAAAAUAUUUCUGUAUGUGCCAUUUAAGUCUAAACUGUAAUUUCACAAAAGUGUGUGUGUGUGUGUGCACGCGCAUCCGGUUAUAAUUGGUGAACCGCUGAACCGAUUUUCACUAAACCCUUCAUACUUCCUUAGGAACCCCUGGGGAGUAACAUAAGGGGUUGUCGUACGGAUUUCACCCCCCCUCUCUUAUAACACCCACGGAGGCCCCUUCAUGUCAUUCCUGUGUUUUGAAUGGAUAAGUCAGUUAGUAACUUUUAUUUUAUCAUAAUAUUUCAGGAAGUGUCUUAUCUGUCUCUUUGUAUAAAAUUAGAUUGACAAACUAAAAAGUUUUUUCACUAGUCUGUUUGAUCAAACCCUACACUCACAAGUUGCACAUUUUAGUAGAUGAAAUUUCUAAUCUUUCUUAAACCUUAUCUAUACUAGAACUGAGAAUGAAUAAAUAAUGUUGCGCUUUUAUUAUUACUUCAAGAAGUUGUAUUUUGUGUGUAAUAAACUGCUUUUAAUUAUA